CCGCCCGCCGGCAGCCUCGCAGCUUUUCUGCAUCCUUUCUGGUGUCUUCUCUUUCUCUUCCAUCUCUCUGUUUGUGCUCUUACCUUCUCUCGUGUCUCGUCGUCGUCGGCUCUUCUCCUGGUCCUAACCUUUCUGUCUGUCUCUCUCCCGUUCUUCGGAGGCUGCUGCCAUCGCAGUGUUCGUCCUUCGUCCCCGUGACGCCUUUUCUUUUCCGCGAAGGCCUGAGAAAUUUCGUCGCGGCGUUCUCCAAGAUGCAGAUAUCCAUUGCAGACGACGAUUCGGGCGUCGUCUUUUCUCUGGAAGUCAGCGCGGGGACAACCGUCGACGCGCUGAAGGCGCUCAUCGAAGCGGAGACGCGCAUUCCUCCCAACGAGCAGCAACUCCUCGUGGACAUGCAGCCGAUAAGCAGAGAUGCUGCGACCGUGGGCGCCGCCGGCAUUCCAGACGGGAGUAUGAUUCUCGUUCGACGUCUCCCGGAGGCGCCUGUUCCUGCGCUUGCUGCGUCUCCGCCCAGCGUGGGCUCCACGGACGCGGUCGCGCCUCCUGUCUCUGGAGCGAGCGGACGGAGCCGACAAGCGGGAUCCACAGGUGGACGACGGGGACAACAAAGUCUGCAGUCGCUCUUUGACUUUUCGAACAUUGUGGUGAAGGAUGGAAAAGCCAAGGCGCAGACUCGGCAGCGAGAGACGACGCCGCGGCCGGCGAGGUCGGCAACUCACCAUGCAUCUUCUGCGGAGAGGACGGAGGGCCGGGCAGGCACACCGCCUCUCUCCGACGACGAGUAUCUCAAGCAACAAGCGCAGACGCUCAUCAACGUCUGUGCUGCGCAGGAAGCCACUCUCAGUGUGUUAGCGCUGGAGAAUCCGCCUCUGGGCGAGGUGCUGCGGCAGGCAGUGAAGGAGUCCAGAGAAGGCAGGGGCGAGACAGAAAGCUUCGGCAAACUCGUGGAGCACUUGCGAAAGCAACUCGAAGAAAGAAGAAAGGCAGAGGAGUCGCGACUGCAGCAGCUGAACUCUGCACUGGCCAAUCCGCUGUCGGCGGCGGCCCAGGCAUUCAUGAUGAAGGAGAUUCAUGAGAAGCAAGUGGAGGACAACUACCUGCUCGCGCAAGAGCAUUUGCCCGAAGCCUUUGGCUCCGUGUACAUGUUGUUCAUCGACAUCGAAGUGAACGGGGUGCCGAUCAAGGCCUUCGUCGACAGCGGGGCGCAGAGCACCUUCAUGUCUUACGCAUGCGCGCAGAAGUGCAGUCUGCUGCGUCUGAUGGAUACACGAUACCGUGGCGUCGCUCAGGGCGUCGGAAAGACGGAAAUCGUCGGGAAAAUUCACUUGGCGACGCUCAAGAUCGGCCAGCGCUUCUUCCCCUCCAGCUUCACCGUCCUCCAGGACAACAAAGUCGAGUUCCUCUUCGGCCUCGACCUCCUGCGCAGAUACCAGUGCUGCAUAGACCUGAAGAAAAGCGUUCUGCGCAUCGACAACGAAGAAAUCCCAUUCUUGAGUGAAAAGGAUAUCACCAAGGGCAUGUUCGGCCGCGCCGAUACACCCAACAGUCUCGGUUCCCCCACCGCAACUUCCUCAGGCGAAGACAAGAAAAUGGACGUCGAUUCUUCCUCCUCUUCUUCCUCUUCAUCGUCCUCUUCCGCUUCGCCUGGGCCUCUCCGACAGCAGAGUACAACCAGCCUGGAGCCUCAAGAUGAAGCCAAAGUUCAGCAACUCGUCGAUCUCGGUUUUCUCCGCACAGACGCUGUGGACGCUCUCGCCAUAGCAGGCGGCAAUGUCGAGGCCGCUGCUACUUUCCUCUUUAACCAGCAACAACAUGACCAAGAAAACCUCUCUUGAGUACGCCAGUGUCACUGGAAAUCCUCGUUAUCACACUGUAUCUUUCUGUAUCUCCAGGUGGACGUCUUUACACAACCAUGCACACGUCAAUGUGACAGUGUUCUAUGCGUGCAUCGGUACGAUGCACUCCAUUGAUAACUGGUACCCUCGUGUGUAUGGGACAAAUACAUAUAUACAGAUGUAUAUAUGUCUUAUAUUCAAGGAUAUAUGGAUACAUGUCUAUAUGCGUACACCACCCCGUUGAUGAUGUACUCAGCUUCGGCGUUUCGCGGAAUAGACCCGAUUAUGACAUCUCCUGUUUCCAGGAAACAGGGCAUUUCCAAAGCCCUGAUGCAGAACCUUCUGCUUCAGUAUCGAGAACUCCGAGGAAAUCCCAUUUUUUCAAGCAGAAUGUACAUAUCUGCAUACAUACAUGUAGAGAGCCUUACGCAUGUAGUGAGGUAUCCCCAUGCAUACUCGAGCUGUUUUUAAGAUCGUUUCGAAGCCCGCGUUGAGUGGUGGUCGCGAUUCUGAACGUGGGCCUCUGCAUUUCAAACCAAAAUGUUUUCACAUGAACAGAAACAUAUACUCACACACAUGUGUGCUUGUGUGUGCAUAUGGUCGACGCUCCUUUGUCGUGUGGUCCUGAUUUCCCGAUCACUUUUGCAUCUUUAGCAUAACUCGUCCAGACAGGGAAAAUUGUUAAUCUCAUGUUGCUGUUU